AUGGUAGCGACACCUCCUAAUGAAGAACAGCUCAUUGGCGACCUAAUAGUGGAUACGAAAGAGCUUCUUCGGGGUAUCAAAGAAUUCCAAGCGGUCAACGCGGCAGAAGCCCGCGGUAGGCCUAGGGAAGCCCACAACAAACGCGAUCACAGUAGGCAUAGGCCGAGAAGCCCACCCUCGAAGCGGCCAACUUCUGUAUUAAAACUUGUGGCACGUUACAAGGGAAUUGCCGAAAGAUUCCUAGCGCGCCUAGCAGAGACUGAAAAGCGAGAGACGCAGCAGCUGAAGAGACAUGGACCAGACAUACAAGAGCGGGAGACACUCGAGGAGGCGACACCGGAGCAAGAGACACCGGAGCAAGAGACACCGGAGCAAGAGACACCGGAGCACGAGGUCUCAGCGCUACCCAGCCAAGGGCAUGUCGCCGGCCAGAUUCCGACAGAGCGGCGGCUUUCGAAGCGUAGAACAGGGAAUUCGGAUCUGCGUUUCCCAUGCCUGCCUCCACAGCUUGGGAAGAACAUGGUUGCCACUAUCCACCAGGCGCGAACGGCAUUACUUUGCCACAACGUCGACGAGCGCGGAUAUCUCAUUCUGCAAGUGCAGGAGUGCUGGGAUGCUUCGGAACUCGCGCAACUCCUGCGCGGCGCCGAGGCAUUGGAUCGGGACGAGAUCAAAGGCUUCGCACUUGCUCAAGGAGACGCCGACUGUCUACACGCGCGGGUAGCCGCAGACGUCUCGCUCAACCUCUGCGAAAUGGAAGGCAUCAAUACUCUGCUAGAUGCUGGCCCGCAGUGCAAUCGGCGGCCUGAGAUCCCCGGCGUUAACCGGCCAUACUGGUACGUCAGCGGCGAACCCAACACACCAGCAACAUUGCACAUCGAAGACGGUAACACGGGGUCUGCGAACCUGCUACUGGCAGGCGCAGAGAAGCACUGGAUCAUCAUUCACCGAAGCAGCGCCGAGAAACUCGAGCGCUGCAUCAGAGACCAGUUCCCAGGCUCGAGAGGAUGUUCGCAGUUUGUGCGACACCAUGACAUCAUCGUAGGACCUCGAUGGCUCGAGAAGAGGGGUAUUGACUUUGAGAUCGUGUGCCAGAAACCGGGAGACGUCUUAGUCACUCUACCAGGUCGUGUUUACCAUGAAGUCCGAAACACUGGCAAGAACUUUGCAGCAGCUAUCAACUACGAAUUCACAGACGCCCCCGACGACCCAACAGGCUAUGUCUGGUGUGAGAACGGGGAAAGGAAAUGUGGCCGAAACGUGCUUACUCGUCAAAGCUUCAUGCCCGAAUUGGCUGACCGAACCAUGGAUACUGAGGACGAGACGCCUCUCCGAAACAAGCGGAAGCAGCAGGACCUUGGCAACACUAAGAAAGGAUGCAAAAGACAUGCCACGCUGGCUCGCCGUCCGGCGAACAGUAGACUUGUUCAGACCUCGCGACCGUCAUGCACACCUGUCCCAGCUUCGGCGUCUGUACCGAUCCAGGAACGCCUGCUGAAUGCCGUGACUUCCCCUGCAGCUCUAGACAACUGCAAAGCACUGGUCCAAGCAUGGAGAUCCCAGUCGGCUCGAAUCGAGCGCGCUCCAGAUGCGAGCGACGCAAUCGCGAGGCUUGCCGCCUCUGACAGGACGAUGCGUCUUGCUCAGCACCGCACCCGGCUAGAUGCUCUGCACUUGAAAUCAGCACAGUAUGCAUUCGCUUCGGAUCUGAAGUCGAGACGGCAGGGCGCCAUUCGCCUCGACAGUUCCGUGUAUGAUCAGGUGCUGAAAGCGCAGGGCUUCGUCAGCGCCACAAAGGAAGACCGCAAACAACUAAAAGAACGCAUGAGACGCGCAAGGAGGAUACACAAGAUCUGCCAAGGCUUAGGACGUGGACUCCUUUGUCUCCUCCCUCUAACUGACAUUCCCGAAAGUCACUACUACAACAUGACAGACGCGGAUAUCGAGGCCUUUCAACGUCUGGCGACUAAGAAGCGCACGCUGCUAGAAGCGCGAUGCCAGGUUGGUGUUUUUAUCCAGGAUAUGUUCGUGAAGGAUGUAGAGUUCGCGUUCGAGUACGAGGACGUGACGUCAUUUGACGGCCUUUCGGAAGCUAAGAUGCUCGCGCUCCUGCAGCCCGUCUCUUAUCCGAAGGUCAACUCCUAUACACCUGCGCGUGGCUGGCCCAGACCACCGUCCUGGCCGUGGGAGUGGGAAUGGCCGCAGGAUCCUACGUGGGCUCCGCCUGGCGCCUGCGAGGCUUGCGGCGUGGUGGAGUGCGUUUGCCUCGCCGAGUUGCCUCAGAACCGCCAUCGAAUCGUCGACUAUGGCCCGAAAGGACGCGGCGUUCAAGCUCGGGCGGCUUUGAGUGGUGGCUUGGCUUUCACUGCGGGCGACUACAUCCAGGAGCUGGUCGGUGAGGUGAAACCGCUGGGCUGGUCCGGCGGCAGCUAUACAUCAGUCGAUUUCAAGAGGCCAGAUGCAUGCAUGACCUGCCGACUGAAUUGCGAGGAGAAGAGCAACUGGGUUCGACUGGUCAAUCAUGCCUGCAAUCCCUGUGCAGAAAUGAGAGUGGAGAUUGUUUUGGGUAAGGCAAGACUCAUGCUUCGCGCACGCCGAGACAUAUGGGACAGUAUGGAGAUCACGAUCGAUUAUGGGAAAAGCUUUCCCAAAGACGUAACAUGUUUGUGCGCGACAUGUAGCGAGAGCGCAGCAUCGACAAAGGACAGCAGCUAA